AUGCCAACCGAGGAUCCUCACCUUCACCUUCGCUUGUUCAUUGAAGUAAGUGACUCUUUCAAGCUGCCCGGAGUGACAGAGGAUGCAUUGAGACUAAAGUUGUUCCCAUACUCCUUGAGAGAUAGAGCCAGAGCUUGGUUGAACUCCUUGCCAUCUGAUUCCGUGAGUACUUGGCAAGAGUUGGCUAAGCGUUUCUUGAUGAAGUAUUUUCCUCCCACUAAAAAUUCCAAGCUUCGCAAUGAGAUUACUUCAUUUCAACAACUUGAUGAAGAAUCCUUAUAUGAGGCAUGGGAGCGGUUUAAGGAGUUGUUACGCAAAUGCCCUCACCAUGGCAUUCCUCAUUGCAUCCAAAUGGAAACCUUCUAUAACAGUCUUAACGCUCAUACUAGGAUGGUGGUUGAUGCUUCAGCGAACGGGGCUCUUCUUGCUAAGUCCUAUAAUGAGUGGCCCACUUCUAGAUUGUCUACCGGUAGAAAGGUGGCCGGUAUUCAUGAUGUAGAUGCCAUUACUUCUUUGGCGGCCCAAGUGUCUUCUAUUUCUAAUAUGCUCAAGACAAUGAAUAUGGGGAUGAAUCAAUCAAUGGGGCAGCCUAUGGGGACACAAAUGGGGCAAAUGGAGAGCAUUUCUUCUGUGUAUUGUGGUGAGGGUCAUACUUUUGAUAACUGUCCUUCUAAUCCGGCAGCUGAAUAUAUAGUGAAGAAUGAAGCCAUGAUUCAGAGCCAAGCGGCAUCAUUGAGAAACUUAGAAAACCAAGUUGGGCAACUAGCUAAUGAGCUUAGAAAUAGACCCCACGGUACACUGCUAAGUGAUACCGAGAAUCCAAGGAGUAUGGGGAAGGAACAUUGUAAAGUUGUCACUUUGAGGAGUGGAAAGGAGUUGGAGAAGGACAAGACCGAGUCUGGGCAUGAGGGUGAGCCCUCUUCAAUCCAAAUAAAUGAGGAAUUCCAAAAAGAUGCUGAACUUCCUAGUGCACAAAGAUCUACCUCUGCCCAGGAUGCUGCAGGGAUACCGCAGCAUUGUCAACCAGCAAGCUCAAUUUCAAAGAAGCCACCUCCAUUUCCUCAACGUUUUCAGAAGCAAAAGUUGGAUUCUCAAUUCAAGAAGUUUCUAGAUAUGUUGAAGUAG